GAAAGAGGGAGAGAGCGAGAGAGAGAGAGACAGAGAGCGAGAGAGAGACAGAGAGCGAGAGAGAGAGAGACAGAGAGCGAGAGCGAGCGAGAGAGAGACAGAGAGCGAGAGAGAGAGAGACAGAGACAGAGAGAGGGAGAGAUGAGCAAACAGGAAUAUGUGAGUCCUGUGAAGAAUCUGCUUGCCGGUGGGAUCGGGGGAGUUUGCCUCAUCCUGGCCGGGCACCCCCUGGACACAGUGAAAGUCCGACUGCAGACCCAGGGAAAGCCCACCGUCAGCCGGACACCCAUCUACAGCGGGGCCUUCGACUGCAUCAGGAAGACCGUGGCCAAUGAGGGUCUCACUGGGUUGUACAAGGGAAUGGGGGCUCCCCUCCUCGCCAUCACCCCCGUCACCGCUGUCCUGUUUUUUGGCUACGGUGUUGGCAAGAAACUCCAACAGCAGCACCCCGAGGAACACCUCUCAAAGCAUCAGCUGUUUAUCGCGGGAAUGGUUUCUGGGGUGUUUAGCAGCAUCAUCCAGAGCCCGGUGGAGAGGAUCAAGUGUCUCUUACAGGUGCAGACAGGGAGAGGCGACAGAAAAUAUUCAGGACCCAGUGAUUGUGUGAAACAACUCUACAAAGAAUCUGGACUGGCUGGAAUCUACAAAGGCACUGGGCUCACCUUACUGAGGGAUAUCCCAGCCAAUGGAGUCUACUUCCUGAGCUAUGAGUGGUUGAAGGAGAUGUUGACCCCUGAGGGUGAAAGCGAUGCCAGGCUCAGCACUCCCAGAAUCCUCUUGGCCGGAGGAAUGGCGGGCACAUUUAAUUGGAUGGUGGCCAUACCGGCCGACGUGGUCAAGUCUCGGUACCAGACUGCUCCUGACACGAAGUAUCUGAGCGGUUUUCGGGAUGUUCUUCGUGAGUUAAUCCACGAGGAGGGUCUCGCCUCCCUCUACAAGGGAUUCACAGCCGUAAUGUUACGUGCAUUUCCCGCCAACGCGAACAUCGUGACCCUGCUGGGCCGAGCGUUCGGACAAGCGGGCUUCGCCUGCUGA